UUUACGUGCGUAUUAACCGCUAUAUAAACGCAGUUGUUUGCAACUAAAAGAAGUCUACAAAACGUUAUCAACGUGCUUUGACGACAUGAAGACAAUUAUUUCAUUUGGACUUGCGGUCUUUGCAUUAUUUGCAAAUGUCGCUGCAGAUACGAAGAACUGUUUCUGCCACGUGGCUUUGGUAGGCGACAAAACAAUCAUCAAGGACCUGGGUAUCGUGGAUACACAAAAAAAGCUGGUUGCACGUCUCCUGUCGUCGCAUGGUCAACUGCCCAAACAUUUGCGACAAGGCAGUGAAGGACUGGAGCUGUCACAACGAGGCAGAAUGCAACGCGCUGACCAAUGGCAAGAAAAUCAUCCAGCAUUACAAGGCGAGUGUGUGCGCCGAAGGCUUUGGUCACAAUGUGAUCGCCUGUGGACAGCACUGUUAAAAGUAGUCUUCCGUGUAGAAGAUAACAAGAUACACUCGAAUUGAUUAUACUUUAAAUCUUACAACUGUCACUAACCUUCUCUAAGUAAAUUCGAGUUGCUUCUAAAAUUAGCUUCCAUUACCAACCUAUAUAAGAUGGCAAACUUUAUAUUUACUAUCGAGAUAUUGAGAACAGACACUUAAGAGUUUACUAAUAUAUAUAUAUUCACUAUUAUGAAUGAACAUAAGUUUUUAUUUACGACUUCUAUGUGUGUAAUGUUUCACUAUACUACUAUACUAAUAAUUUAUGUGAUGCUAUGCACCUUCUUGUUGUAUUCUC